AUGGCAAAGAAUGAUAUUUGGACACCUUUAGAGUCCAAUCCCGAUUCUUUAUAUUUAUAUUCUUGUAAACUUGGACAGUCAAAAUUAAAAUUUGUGGACAUCUAUGGUUUUAAUAAUGAUUUAUUGGAUAUGAUUCCACAACCUGUUCAAGCGGUUAUAUUUUUAUAUCCUGUAAAUGAUAAUAUAGUUUCUGAAAACAAUACCAAUGAUAAGCACAAUUUGAAAGAAAAUUUUGAUAACGUCUGGUUUAUAAAACAAUACAUUCCAAACUCAUGUGGAACCAUAGCCUUGUUACAUUUAUACGGAAAUUUAAGGAAUAAAUUCGAACUAGAUAAGGAUUCUGUUUUGGAUGAUUUCUUUAAUAAAGUUAAUGAGAUGUCUGCCGAAAAAAGAGGACAGGAGUUGAAAAAUAACAAAAGUAUUGAAAAUUUACAUCACGAGUUUUGUGGACAAGUCGAGAAUAGGGACGAUAUUUUAGACGUUGAUACACAUUUUAUUGUUUUUGUGCAAAUUGAAGGAAAGAUCAUUGAAUUGGAUGGAAGAAAGGAUCAUCCUACUGUUCACUGUUUUACCAAUGGAGAUAAUUUUUUAUAUGAUACGGGGAAAAUCAUACAAGAUAAGUUUAUUGAAAAAUGUAAAGAUGAUUUAAGAUUUUCAGCAUUGGCCGUAAUACCAAACGAUAACUUUGAUAUUAUAUGA